CUGGCAGUGCUAGCCCAGGCAAAAUUCGAAAUUUUGACGCCAACAAUCUGUUGGGAAUUAAAUUGAAAGCUAUAUAAUAAAAAUUUAAUUUUUUUUAGUUCUCUAAUUUUAACAUUGCUAAUCUCAUGAAUGAAAAAUUUUGACUAUACAAUUUUAAAUGCUGAUAUAAUUAUUUUUAUAUUUUAAAAGCUUGGAAGCAAACAAUUAAAUCUUUUGGGGGAAUUUAGGUUCAAAGUCAUCACAUCGUGUUGUUUUCCUUUGGGCGAUAGUUUUCAACUCAGAGAGAAGAAUUACUUUCCAUUUUCGAAUAAAAAUCAACGAAGUCAGUCCCGAUUACGAUAAUCCCUAAUUUUCCGGGGGUAAUUUUGGGAUUCGUGACUCUCUUUUGGAAGUGCGGAAGCAGGCGUCCCGGAAUUACAUGAGGGUAUUCUCGUAAUUUCAUGCCUCCAUUUGCGACUCGCAAUGAGCAGCUACAAAAGGGUCAUCACUCAUCACCAUUCCUAUUCGCGAAAGGUUACAGCUGCAAGCCCAUGAACGAUCAAUCUGCUGCCUUUUCUGCGUUUCAAGGCUUUCAAGUCAGACAGAUGGAUAGAUAUCUAUCCCUUUCUCUUUCCAGUGCUCUUUCUCUCUCUAACUGGCCCCGCUGGACUAUAAUUUCCCUUAUGGAGAAAAACAAAAUAGUUUUAAAACAACGCGACGAUACAUUGAAGGCAAAGCUCCAUGCGUAUGUCGUCUUCUAUUCUCCUCCAACCACACCUCCCCUUCACAAAACACAAUCCUUUACUUCCCUCAUUUGUUAUUUCUUCUGUCUUUUUCGGGCUCUGUUUUCACAUGCAUAUACAGAAUCCUUCUUCCUCUAAUUCCCUCCAAAUACUCAUAAUUGACUUUACCCUUCCGGAAAAAAACGAGGUUUUAUAUUAUUCCUGUGAUUACUAUUGGAAAUCUUCCCCUUCGACCCUGCUCUUUUGCUCCUUCCGUUCAAAAUUCAAAAUUCAAGGUUAAGAUGAAAGGGGGUUUUGUCAAUUCUCAUCAAUUUUAUGGCUCCCUUAAUGAUUCGAAGGUUAAGCGCAAAUACCUUUGCUUGUUGGAAGACUUUCUGGAGUUGCAGAAGGAAUUUAUUUCAAAGAAAAAGAAAUUGCAAGCUCACGAGCAGAAGAGAGAAAUACUUGUAGAAGAAGUUAGGUUCUUGAGGCAACGAUGUAAUUAUCUAACCAAGAUACAGUUAAGCAAAGUUGGAUCAGAACUCUCUGUUGAUCAAAAUGUUGAUGCCCUUGAUGUGCUCAUUAGGAAGGAUCUAAAUUACAUUGUCCAUGAGCAGGAAGGAACAGGGAGGGAGGAGCUGGCGUGGAUGAAAUCAUGCAUAAAAAAGAAGCUGCACAAUUGCUUAACCAAUGACAAUAAAGGUGGAAAGAAGAAAAUAUCGUGGGAAGAAAAGGUCUCUUUGAAAGUCUGAAUUCCUUUAUUUUCAGCGAAUGGAGGAGCAACGCUUUGUUUGGUCGAUGACGAACAUGCCAUUUGUUUCAUGUUGCUUAGUUUCUGACUUCCCUUAUACCUGCAAGUCUCCGAAAUCGGAGUUGGAAAAUUUUUUCCCAGUAAAUGUUGAUUUUUGGAAACAAGAUAGCUGGUUUAGGAUUCCGAAGCAAUAUUUAGUUGAAGAAAUGCAAUGUGUAACUGUAGAGUGAUUUAUUUAACCUUCAAGUACACUUGCUAGAAAUCUGUUCCUGAUUUGGUUUAUCAGUGCUUUUUGUUCAGAGAUAGAGAUAUAGUUAGUUUGUUGAGCACUAUUUUUAUUAGAAUAAUAAAUAAUUCCAUGGGCCUUUCGCAAAUCUGUUA